GCCUCCAGAGACAGCGACAGCGUGUAGGCUCAAGCCCUCCACCUUCAUCACUGCCACCCAGAGGAGAAGCUGUGCCUGCUCCACCAUCAAACUCCCACCUGAUCCUAGCUGGUGGAGAGGGCUACGUAGACUUUCGGCUGGGUGUUGGUGACGAUAGUGAUGCAACUGCCACUACUGCCGGGGCGGUUGAGGACAGCUCAGAAGAUGCCUCCAAAGUCAUGACCUUGACCAGGUCAGACAGCAGCCAUAUCAUUGUGUGGCAAGUCACACAGGAAUGA